AUGCACAUGCGCGGGUACAUGGAGAAGAGCGGUCGCGAGUUCUGCGAGAUGGAGAUCUUGAUCGACGAGGAGGAGGGCGCGGGCGACGACGACGAAGAGGACGACGGGAAGGCGAAGGCGUCGGCGAGGAGCGAGGGGAAGCUCGUCUUCGAGCUCUUCACGGACGUCGCGCCCAAGACGUGCGAGAACUUCAAGGCGUUCGUCCUCGGCGGGGACGAGCGCGUCGGCGGGAGAGGCUACGAGGGGACGCCGGUGAGUCGAACGGUACGGGACGGGUGGAUACAGGCUGGGGACGUGAUGAAUAAGUGGGGGUCGGGGAAGAUCUCAGUCUACGGCGAGACGUUCCCGGACGAGGUCUUGAAGGUGCGACACGACAAGGUCGGGAUCUUGUCCAUGGUUCGGAUGGAGAAGAGGGACAGGAACGGCUGCCAGUUCUUCGUCGCGCAGUGCCCGCUGCCGUUCCUCGACGGUCAGCGCGUCGCGUUCGGGAGGCUCAUCGACGGGUGGAGGGUCAUGAAGGUUCUGAACAAGCUUGACGCGUACCACACGUACAGGCCGCGUCGGGGCGUCACGAUCGGGAAGUGCGCCAUGAUCACCGCGCCGGGACCGGCGGAGGUUCAGAAGGAGGAGUGA